GCGGAUGCUUUUCAUACCAACAACUUUUUAUUAUUGUGGUCGACAAAAAAGUACCCAAAAAUUUCAAUAACAAAGUAAUAGAAAGUAAUGUAGGUCUGAUUUAAACCAAAUUAAAUUGAACUAAUAUCGAUAAUCCAAAGAUAAAUUAGGAGGCUCUAUGAAAGUCUCGCUCAUAGAUAUAUACACAAAUAUGAUUAUGCAAUAUGGGAAUGCUGGUAUGUAUCUUUAUGCGUCCGGUGAGGAAAUCUAUAGUGUAGUUUAGUUGGCUUAAUCAGGUUAGCUAAGGUCCGUUGAUGAUUUGUUAUGUCUUGGAGAUGUUUUCGGGUUGCCUUUGUCCUCUAUGCCUUGUUUGUGAUGUUUAGUCAGAUCUGAAUCUGUUUUUGGUGCGCGGUGCAAAAAUAUGCCAGCUCUGUGUAGGAUGUGAAUUCUUCCUUCGGAUCUGGCGAGGCUGGUCUUACUGUCUUAGGCGUGAUAUUAGUGUUCAAAUAGUUUGACUCUGACUUUCAUCUCUUUCAUUCUCUUAUAUGUUCAAGGUUCCUUUGGUUUUAGUCUUUUGUUUCUCCUUUCACCUUUUUAGUGCUUGUUUCGGCCAUUUAGUUUAGUGAAUCGGGUUCAAGUGGUUUGUUCUUCUAAUGUUUUUCUGGAUUUAGUAGAAUUCUCAAUUUUGUUUGUUUGUCAAAAAUGAGAGAUUUCUCUCUAUCAUAUUUGAGAUAGAUAAAGAGAGACCAAUUAUUAUCUUCUGCAAUUUCUGAUUUUUCAGAUCUAAAUCAGUUAUAUAUUUUUUUGAUGAUCCUGGUAUCUGGAGCAUCGAGAGGAACUGACUAUCGCCAAUGAUCGUCCACCGGAGUUUAGCUGAGGCAUCCAGGAGGGCUGGUGAUCACCCCAUGUAAAUCCCACCAAUGGCCACACGUUAGAAGGCUUCUCCGUAUUGGGCCCGAAGAUCCCUCAAGAUAAUCACCUCACAGCGGCACUCGAAUCCAUGACUUCCCAGUUGAGUUUAACCACUGGACCACUAACGCGUGGUUUAAAUCAGAUAUAUUUUCCUGCAUGGUAGAUUGUUUUGUUGGAAUAUAUUUUUCCGUUUAUCGAAUUUUUUUUGGUUUAACAGAAUUAAGAUUUCCAUUUCUUAGAACUUUUCUUCUGGAUUUUGGGUGUCAUUUGGGUUUAGGUCGUAUCUUUUAAAAAAAUUGGGCCUAACCUCGUAUGUUUCGUUCGGUUAUUACUUAAGCAUAGUUCGGGUUCCGCUAAUAGUACUUUAGAUUUAAAUAAAAUUUGUAAUAUAUGUCAAAGCUUGUUAAUAACCAUACUAAUUUUGAAUUUGGACUUUAAAUUCUAUAGUGUUUAGAUAAUAUGUCAAAAUAAACAUAAAAUAACUUAUUUAGUUUUUAAAUACUUAUUUGUUGUAAUCGUAUCAAACUAACAUGAAAUUGAAUAUUUUGAUGUUUAGGUUUCUAAGGAUUUGAUUUUUCUGGAUUUUAAGUUUUCAGAAUAUUUAUUCUGGUUAAUAACACUUCAGGUUUAAAUACAUUUUACACCAUAUUCAUCUUCUUUUUUUUACAUCUCAAAUCAAAUACGUAUUAUUUAUUCUAUUCGUAUUUGAUUUGAAUCUCAGGUUUCAGCUUUCUCGCCCAAACCCAAAUCCAGUUCCGAGGAUAUUUUAGCUGGGCCGACAGGAGAUGUACAAGUUUUCAUGACGAAGCCCUACAAGAGUCCAGUUACCGUUUUCACGUCCUCGUCUGGACCAGCUUAUUCAUCUAAACCCUCUGAACGAACUAGAAGCUUCAAGACUAACUUGUUGAUUCUCUCAUUAUAAAAGAAACAGAAACCCUCUGACCGAACUAGAAGCUUCGGGACUAACUUGUUGUUUCUCUCACUAUAAAAGGAAAAAGAAAGUGGUGAAGAGAUGAUCUUCAUUCCCUCUCUCGCGAAUCACACAGUCUCUUUCAGAUCCUUAGGGGUUUGGAGAGAUCGUUAGGGGAAGCAAUGGAGAGGAGGAGUAAGGAGGAAGAGGAGCUAAACCUCUGUGAGGUGAAGAUAGUGAAUCUCGCCAAAGCUUGGGAGAAGUUUCAGUCUGAAGCUUCCGGUUUACUUGUUUUGUCUCUUCAGUGGAGAGACUUGGAGGAUCAUUUGAAGUCAGUGAAAGGCAACGUGGAGAAGAGGUUCGUUGAGUUGGAGAACAGAAGCGUUGAGAUUGACGAGAGGGAGAAAGUGGUUGAAGCGUGGGAGGUGAAAGCUGAUGGCUUUAGGAGGGAGGUUGAGGGGAAAGAAGAGGAGUUGAGUGGUCUUAGGAUGUUGGUUGAAGAGUGUAGGGUGGAGAAGAGGUUGAAGGAUAGUGAACUUGAUGAGGUUGUGGAAAGGUUGAGGAAGACUCAGGGUGAGAUUGGUUUGAAAGUGGAAGAGUUAGUACAGGUUAAGAUUGAUCUGGAGAGGCAUCGUGUUGAGAUGAGCUUAGAGAUGGAUAGGGCUGAAACUCGCAGGAGAGAAUUAGAUAAGGAGAUUGAGAGAAAGACGAGAGAUCUGACGUUAGUUCAGGAAAAGGUUGCGGAAAGUGAUAAGCUUCUUGAGACACGGUCCUUGGAACUUGCAAAGACUCAGGGUGAGCUUGAUUUGAAGGUGGAACAGUUAGGACAGGUUAAGAUUGAUUUUGCGAGGCAUCAGAAUGAGUUUACCGCAGAGAUGGAUAGGGCUGAAACCCGCAGGAGAGAGUUAGAUAAGGAGAUUGAGAGAAAGACAAGAGAUCUGACGUUAGUUCAGGACAAGGUUGUGGAAAGUGAUAAGCUUCUUGAGACACGGUCCUUGGAACUAACAAAGACUCUGUGUGAGCUUGAUUUGAAGGUGGAACAGUUAGGACAGGUUAAGAUUGAUUUUGCCGCUGAGAUGGAGCAUCUUAAGAGGAUUCAAACUCGCAAUAGAGAGUUAGAAGAGGGUAUAGAGAGGAAGAGGAGGGAUCUUGCAGAGGUUCUUGACAAAACUACAGAAUGUAAGAAGGUGCUUGAGACACGGUCCUUGGAACUUGUUUCUAAAGAGAAAGAGCUGCAAGAACUAAGUCUGGACCUUGACCUGAAGGAAGAGGUGGCCAAAUCACUAGACAACGAGAUGGAGGAGACUUGUCAAAAGACAGAAUCAAAAGCUAAGGAGCUGGAGGCCAUUGAAAGGAUGAUUAAUGAACGGAGUGGGCAUUGCGAAUCAAUAAAGCUGUUGAUUGAGGAACACACUGAAGAACUUGCUUUAAAAGAGAAGAGACACGAUGAGAUCAGAGAGGCUACUCUUAAACUAUCUGUGGAGAUUGCAUGUAAAGAGAAUACACUCACUAAGAGAAACAAACAAGUUGAGGAAGGAGAGAAGAAGAUACAAGAUUUGAACAACACCAGUGAGGAACUUAUCAGACAAGUUUUUUCAAUCAACGCGGCCAUAAGGGAAUGCACAUGCGAAUUAGAAGCUAAGAGGAAACAACGUGAUGAGGUUCAAAGCUCAAUCACAGACCUUACUGCUGUGCUGAAAUCUGCCGAGAAAAAGAUUCAAGAAAGCUUGGAAGACUUGAAAUCUACAGAGGAGAAGCAAGUCAAGUUAAAAGCAUCAUUGUCGGAACAUGAGAAAGGACUUGAGCUUAGAGCAAAGGAGCUUAUUGCUCGGGAGGAAAAGAUUAAUGAACAAGAUCAGAAAUUGCAACUCGCAAAACAGGAGUUGGCUAAAUGGGUCGAGGAUUAUGAGGUGAAAACAAAACAACUUGUUGCUCUUACAUCUCUGGAUAAACCGAUUGGGAACUCAAGGAAACGUGGGAGACAUGAUACUGAGUCACUGUCUCAGUCCUUCGAGCAUGUGCUAACAAGUUGCACAACCGGGCAAGAAAACACUUACAACUUCGAGAAGGAGAGAUCUCCGGACAAGUUUAAGAUUGAUCAAAUAUGGGCUGUUUAUAGUGAUAGUGAUAAGGGGAUGCCAAGAAAGUAUGCUCAGAUCAAGAAAAUCGACACAAGCCCUGAGUUCAAGCUGCAUGUAGCAACUCUAGUGCUGUAUCGCCCUCCUCCUCCAAAUCUGAUGACACAUCCUGUGUGCUGUGGCCGAUUCAAGUUGAAAAUCGGUAAAGCAGAAGUCCUUGAACCUAGCAGCUUCUCACAUGAGGUUAAAGCACUGAAGACUAGUGUAAAUAGAUUUGAGGUAUACCCAAGAAAAGGUGAGGUAUGGGCUUUGUACAAGAGCUGGAACAUUACAGACUGUGCUGAUGGGUCUGAAGAAGAAGAACUUCAGAUUGUUGAAAUAGUGGAAACAGACGAGCAGAGCAUACAAGCAAUGCUUUUGACUGCUAAAUUGUUUAACCAGGUUCUCUACGGAAGGUGUCUUGAGUCAAAGGCCCGUGUUUUAGAUAUUCCAAAGACGGAAGUGAACAGAUUCUCGCAUCAGAUUCCUGCGUUUAGACGUGACAGAAGGGCGGCUCAGUCUGGAGAUUGUGAAUGGUGGGAGCUUGACUCUAAAGCAGUUCUUGAUCUUAACUCAAAGAAUCCAUAAGUCUCUUUGUGUUUUGGUAACCGCAUAGAUCUGUCUAGUUUCUACAUAAGUAGUGGAAUGUGAUGAUAUACCGGUAAAGUUUAGGAAGCAACAGUUCGUAAAUUUUUAGCUGUUGGUAUGAAAAACUUAAAGCCUUUGUAUGUCUACUAAAAAUUAGAGUAGAGUGAUAGAAAUGAAGGUGAGACUGAACUGAUAAUCUAUUGUCAAAGGUGGAAUGGUGGAUGAGACCAAAAGGAUCUACUGCAAGAUGUUGAAAGCUGGUAUAAGUCCAGUUGCAGGCCCACAAUCCUAAAAGGAUACAUGAACUGUGGUGAAGUCAAGAAGUGAAUAUCGUUGUCCUAUGAGAAAAUGACGCAAAACUUUGUGGAAGUUGACAGGUUUGUUACCAGCUGUAGGCAAAGAACAAUAGUUUCUAAAACCAUUUUUCUUCAACAGCCAGUCUUGAAAUCGAGUCUAAACGUAGCUUAAAAUAUGAAAUAUGAACAGAGUUUAUUGAGAAAAAAUUAAGUUUAUUGUGAGUUUCUGGCGAACAUAUCAGUUAGAAGUUGUGACCCAUUGAACCAGCAACCAUCAGCUACAAGUUGUAGGUUUUUUUUUUUUUUGAACACCAACAAGUUGUAGGCUUGUACAACACAUAAAAUGAUCUUAGACAGAACUUUUAGCUUAAAAGCCCAAAAUUGUGGCCUAUUUAACUAGCAAUAGUUGACUACAAGUACAACAAUUAUUUUUAUUAUUUCUUACUGCUAUAAACUUAUCAAAGUAAAAAACUAGGCAUGGGCAUUCGGGGUCCCAAUCGGGUUUCGGUUUUGUCCAAUCGGGUCUCAGUUUUUCGGGUUUUUCAAAAUCAGCCCCAUUCGGAUUAUAUAAAAAUUUGGUUCGGGACCGGUUCGGGUUUUAUCGGGUUCGGAUCGGGGUUAGUAAAUCUUCAAAGAACCGGUACAACCCGGUGUACUUUCGGGUUUUGGGUUCCAACCGGUUCUUCGGUUUUAAAGUACUUGAUUUAUACCUAUUUUGUAACCAAAACAUAAGUAAAAUCGGUUCUCCGGGUUCAAAGUACUUGAUUUGCACCUAUUUUGUAACCAAAACAUAAGUAAAAUCGAUU